AUGAAGGAAAAAGUUGAAGUAUAUGACUUGGAAAAGGUGGUAGAAGAAUUUGAGAGGCUAACAAAGGAUGCUGAAAAUGUUCAAAAGGAAACAUUGAAAAAGAUUUUGGAAGAAAAUGCAUCAUCUGAAUAUUUGCAAAGUUUAGGGCUGAAUGGUAGAACUGAUCUUGAAAGUUUCAAGGGUUGUGUUCCAUUGGUCAUUUACAAAGAUUUGGAGACUUAUAUCGAUAGAAUGGUUGAUGGUGAUGUUUCUCCUAUUCUCACCGGAAAACCAAUCACAACUUUUUCCAUAAGUUCUGGCACUAGCCAAGGGAAGAGAAAAUAUUUACCAUGGAGUGAUGAAUUUUUUGCAAUCUCGCUGCAAGUAUAUAAAACCUCUUUUGCUUAUAGGAACAGAGAGUUUCCUAUCCAAAAUGGAAAGGGCUUAAACUUUAUCUACAGUAGCAAGUCAUCACAAACAGAAAAUGGUGUAACAUUAGCAACAGCCACAACAAAUCUAUUCACAAAUCCAGGAUACAAUCAUAUGAUGGAAGCACUUCAAAUUCCAAACUGCAGUCCAGAUGAUGUAACAUUCAGUCCUGAUUUUCAACAAACACUCUACUGCCACCUCUUAUGUGGACUACUUUUCAGAGAAGAAGUUCAAUUGGUUUCGUCCACAUUUGCACAUAGCAUUGUGAAUGCUUUCAGAACAUUUGAACAAAUUUGGGAAGAACUUGUUACUGAUAUCAAAGAAGGUGUUCUUAGCAGUAGAAUCACACAUCCAUCCAUUAGAACUGCUAUGUCAAAAUUGCUGAAACCAAAUCCUGAACUAGCUAACUUGAUCCACAAGAAAUGCUCAGGAUUAAGCAACUGGUAUGGAUUGAUACCAGAGCUUUUUCCAAAUGCUAAGUAUGUUCUAGGGAUCAUGACAGGUGCAAUGGAACCUUAUAUGAAAAAGCUGAGACAUUAUGCAGGAGAAGUUCCUUUGUUAACUUCUGAUUAUGGUGCUUCUGAAGGUUGGAUUGGUUCAAAUUUGAAUCCUAAAGUGGCUCCUGAGUUUGCUACUUAUGCUAUUCUUCCUCAAAUUGCUUACUUCGAAUUCAUUCCUUUUGCACAAAUUGAUGGAACCGAGGUAGAGCUUGAGCCAGUGGGAUUAACUGAUGUGAAGAUUGGUGAGGAGUAUGAACUUGUUAUGACCAAUCCUGCAGGCUUAUAUAGGUAUAGGCUCGGAGAUGUGGUGAAGGUUAUGGGAUUCCAUAACUCAACUCCAGAAAUCAGGUUUCUUCGCAGGAACAAUCUUAUGCUUACGAUCAACAUUGACAAGAACUCAGAAGCUGAUCUGCAACUAUCGGUGGAAACAGCAUCCGAGUUGUUAGCUAAGGAGAAAAUAGAAGUGAUUGACUACACUAGCUACAUUGAUUUAUCUAAACAACCAGGACACUAUGUUAUCUUUUGGGAAAUCAAUGGCGAAGCAAGCGAUGAAGUGCUUGGUGAGUGUUGCAGCUGUUUAGACAAGACUUUUGCUGAUAUUGGAUAUGUUGGUUCUAGAAGAGCCAAAGCUAUCGAAGCCCUUGAACUCCGAGUUGUUAGGAGAGGAACAUUCAUGAAGAUUCUUGAGCAUUAUGUUGGAUUAGGUGCAUCUGUGAGUCAAUUCAAGACACCUAGGUGUGUUGCUCCCACAAACACAACUGUGUUGCAAAUGCUGUUGGAAAAUGUUGUCAAGAAUUGUUUUAGUUCUGCUUACAAUUGAUUUAAAUUCAGUUAGAGAAUAAUAAAAUAAAAUCAGCAAUCUAAUAAAUAGUUUAAA